GGACGUGACGAGGAAGGCAACGAAGGAAAGCCACGUAAAAUGGCCCCCUUGCCUUUGUUAGAGUCGGACUGACAAGAUCGCCGUCGUCUGAAAAUGGGGACAAUAUGGUGGCGCUUCCCAACUAAUUGUGAUGGGUCAACUCAGACAGCGUGUUUUGAGAGGCUGGCUCGGGGUUGUUUCUGUUGAACUGAGGCCGGCCUGUGGUCGGCCUCCCUCUUUUUCUGGAGAUAUAUGGUACGUCCUGCACAUCAGGGGCUGUGUAGACGGCAUCAAGAAAUGUACCAGUGUCGAUUCGACUGACAGCUUAGCCUGGCUUUAUUUCCAUGACAUCUGCUUCUUGUUUGAGUUGCACAGAUUGAUUGACAAGGUGUGUUUUUGUCAGCAUGUUCUACCCCCCCCCCCCCCCCCCCAGGUGCUUAAUUGUGAGACAGACGGUGGUGGUAUUGAUCCUAGGCAUGUUAUCAUGAUGCCUAGCGGGUCAACUGAUACAUUCUAUGGCCGACUUGACCGCAUCGAAACCCCUUGUGUCCCUUGAAGCGCCUUUCUGCCCUUCUCUUCCAUUGCCUGUGUAUUGCUUUCUCCUCGCCAACUCCCCCUCCUACACACAGAU